AUGUCUUCACAGAAUGCUUCAAUCAAUGUAACACACUUUAUUAUAGGUGGUUUUGACACGCUCAGUAGACCUAUUGCUGUUGGUGUGGUUAUACUAAUAAUCUAUCUUCUUGCUGUUCUUGCCAAUAUGGCAAAUAUUAUGUUUAUUAUUUCUGACAAGAGAUUACAUAAACCAAUGUACCUUAUGAUUUGCAACCUUGCUGUUGUUGAUAUAGUGUACACCUCCAGUUGCAGUCCAACAAUGAUUGGGGUUCUACUUGCAGGUGUUAAUACUGUAUCCUAUGUGGAGUGUUUAAUUCAAAUGUGUGCUUUCACUUUGGGAACAUCAAUGGAGUCGUUUGUUUUAGCAUUUAUGGCAUUGGAUAGAUUCAUUGCAAUAAUUUAUCCUUUCCAGUAUCACAGUUAUUUAACAAACACACGUGUUCUUAUUCUUACAUUUAUCAUGUGGUUUGUUAACUGGUUAUCUUCAAAUAAUGGAAAAAAAGAAAUGGGGAGCACUCUUGUGAGUCACUUAAUUUGUGUAAUUCUUCAUUACUGUCCUGCAUUUGUUCACAUUAUCUUCACCAGGUUUGGUGUGGUAUUAACUCUUGAGGAACGCCAAGGUUUAGUAAUUGGUGCAGUCCUCGGUCCAUGUCUUGUAAAUCCUUUUGUGUACUGUCUUAGAACGAAAGAAAUUAAACAGAAGCUCCUUAAGAUUUUCACACAUCUGACUAAAAUCUUGUGA